CAGAGCAGAACAAACCUCGACUCUGUAGGUUUGAAGUAAAAGAGAGUGAAAGAAGCAACCUUGUAAUCUUGAAGCGCCAAAAAAAAAAAAAAAGCAGAUACAAAAGCCAAAAUCAUGGGUUAGCAAGCACAGAUUGAAAUUUGAAUUGAGAGAGAGAGAUGGAGAGAGAGGAAAAAGGUUCGGAAAGUGAAAGGAAAAAGCAAGGAGGAGUGGUGGUUAAAAGGUUGAAACGCGGUGUGUUGGUGAGGAAAAGAGGGGGGCUUUGCAGUACUCCACCACCCAUUUGGAGGCUCGUCGAUUUCUGUUCUCAAAGUCACAGAAAACCCACCUCAGAAUUUCUCAACCUUCACUCCGCAGCGUCAGUCUCUGCCAGAAAGCUCUGUUCCUCCGUCUGGGAAAUCGAGCAAAUGAGCAAAGCACGCGGUGGGCUCCACCGCAAGCAGCGGAGCAGAAAUGGGGUUGGGAUUUCCAGGCUUCUGGCGGAGGCUGAGAGUCCUGCUGGCUCAACUCACGACCAGCCAGCUAGUGCAAGCAGCUUGCGGAGGCUUGUAUCAGCACCACUGAUACAGAACCAUCAAUCAGUUGAGAGCAAUGGUUGUGCACUCCAACCCCUAUCUCCUGCUAGUUGUAGCUCAUUGGAGGUGGCACCUUAUAAGGGAAGGAUGGGUGAAUCAAGUCGUAGCUUUAAAACAUCCACAGAAUUACUCAAAGUACUCAAUCGUAUCUGGACUCUUGAAGAGCAACAUGCAUCUAAUAUAUCAUUGGUUAAAGCACUGAAAAUGGAACUAGAUCAUUCUCAUGCAAGAAUUAAAGAGUUGUUGCAUGAGAAAGAAUCAGAUAGGCAAGAAAUGGGCGACUUGAUGAAGCAUGUUACAGAAAAUAAACUUGUUUGGAAGAAUAAGGACCAAGACCGAAUCAAAGCUUCUGUCCAAUCGCUUAGGGAUGAGCUAGAAGGUGAGAGGAAGUUGAGAAAGCAUUCAGAGAGCCUGCAUUGGAAGCUAGCUCGAGAGCUCCCUGAAAUGAAAUCUUCUUUCUCUAAUGCUCUGAGAGAGCUCGAAAGGGAGAGAAAAGCGCGUAUCCUAUUAGAAAACUUGUGCGAUGAGUUUGCCAAUGGAAUAAAAGAGUAUGAACAAGAGGUGCGAUCCCUGAAGCAAAAGCCCGAGAAGGGUCACAGUGGUAACAUCAGCUCUGACAGAUUAAUUCUCCAUCUUUCAGAAGCAUGGCUUGAUGAACGGAUGCAAAUGAAGAUGCCUGAAGCUCAGAGCGACUAUGCGGAGAGGAAUACAAUUGUGGACAAGUUAGGUUUUGAUAUAGAAACCUUUCUUCAGGCUAAACGAUCUAUUGAGACAAAGAAAAAUAGGAAGUUAUCCCCAAAGGAGCUGAAGGGAAAUUGCUCACGCCAGCAGUCAUUAGAGUCCUUUCCAUUGAAUCAGGCUACAAGUGCACCACAACAUGUAGCUGAUGAAGAUUCCACCGACAAUGAUUCACACUUUGUAGACGUAAGCAAGAGUGCUAGUGGAAGGCAAGUCAAGCGCGGCUCUAGACAGCGAAAAAAUAAUGUUGCAGAGGGCCAAUAUGAAGGAAUAGCGAGAUCUAAUUCUGUGAGGGAGAAAGUAUCACAGGAGAACACUAAGGCCAAUAGCUUGUGUGAUUUACAAGGGCAAUUUGAAGAACGUAUGACCAAAAGAGUGUCCUAUAAUGCAAACAGAAGCCAAUCUGCAAAUAGGGAACAUGGUGAAAUAGUGGGAGUAGAAAAUCAAGCUCUGAUUGACAAUCUUGAAGAAUCUGAGUACUGCGAUUUGAUCACAGGUCUAAAAGAAAUACAAAGUAAACGACUUAGCACACGUGGAAUGAAAUCCAGUCAUCCCGAAAGUAAUUGCAGGGUGGAAACUUGUGUCCAGCCUGUGCAUACAGGUAAUGCUAGUCCAGUACAGCAAUGGAUGUCAAAACUAAGAACCCCAGAUUUUGGGAAAUCUCAAUCUUCAUGGGAAUGGCCUCCAGGCCUCGACGAAAAUACGUUGAUGGCAAAACUACUAGAAGCCAGGUUAGAAGCAAAGCGCUCUCGCAUGAAAACUUCCAAGGGGCCUCUCUAGUUUCUCAUGGUAAGCUUAUAACAUGAAGAAUAUCUGAUCUUUGAAUUGAGGCCAGAAUCUUUGGAAACUGGAGUUUCUUGUGCAAAUGCCAAAACGCAGUAUACUUUGUACAUGAGGAAGUGUUUUGUUAGUCACCUUGUUAUAAAUAUUACUUAGUUCUCAUCCAAGUCUCCACUUACGAUCAGUAAACCUCCCCAAAAAAUUCAGUGACGAUCUAUGAUUUUUUAAAAUUUCUUGAAUCUCAUUCGAACAAUCUAAAAUCACACAAUGGAUUUGAA